GGUCGCGUGAGCGCGCUUGGAAAUACAAUCGCGGAGUUCGCUGUGAGUUGCUGAGUAAUGUCGCUCGCUAUGGCGGACAGCGGGGAUGGCAAGAUCGUUAAGAUGGAGGUGGACUACAGUCCCGUGGUGGACCAGAGGCUGCCCGAAUCUCGAAAGAUGGCUGAGGAAGGGAAGCUUCAAGAAGCCAUUGACAACCUUCUGUCUCUCGAGAAGCAAACGCGAACCGCCAGUGAUAUGGUGUCCACCUCACGGAUUCUGGUAGGGAUCGUACAGAUCUGUUUUGAAGCCAAAGAUUGGGAUGCCCUCAAUGAAAACAUCAUCAUCAUGACAAAACGGAGAAGCCAACUCAAACAGGCGGUGGCAAAAAUGGUGCAACAGUGCUGCGAAUAUGUGGAAAAAACACCGGAUCUGCAAACCAAACUCAAACUUAUCGACACACUAAGGACCGUCACUGCUGGCAAGAUCUAUGUGGAGAUUGAACGUGCAAGAUUGACAAGAAUUUUGGCUAAAUUCAAGGAAGAGAAGGGGGAACUGGUAGAGGCUUCAAAUAUCCUACAAGAACUGCAGGUGGAGACAUUUGGAUCCAUGGAAAAGAAAGAAAAGGUCGAGUUCAUUUUGGAGCAGAUGCGCCUUUGCCUGGCAGUGAAGGACUACAUCCGCACUCAGAUCAUUAGCAAGAAGAUCAACACGAAAUUUUUCCAGGAGGAAAACACAGAGGAGUUGAAGCUGAAAUAUUAUGACCUGAUGAUUCAACUCGAUCAGCAUGAAGGCUCCUACCUGUCCAUUUGCAAGCACUACCGUGCCAUUUACGACACGCCUUGCAUUCAAGCAGAGAGAGCAAAGUGGCAGCAGGUUAUGAAGAGUGCCAUUCUGUACGUGGUGCUGGCUGCCUAUGACAAUGAACAGUCGGACCUGGUGCACCGCGUUAACCAGGACAAGAAGCUGGAGGAACUUCCCAAAUACAGGGAGAUACUGAAGCUGUUUACCACAUCGGAGCUGAUGCACUGGGGCACCCUGGUGGAGAAGUACGGCAAAGACCUGCGCAAGGGCACAGCCGACAACCCGGCGACUGAUGUGUUCUCCUACUCUCAGGAGGGCGAGAAGCGGUGGCAAGUCCUUAAGAACAGGGUGGUGGAGCAUAAUAUCCGAGUGAUGGCCAAGUACUACACCAGGAUCAGCAUGCAGAGGAUGGCAGAAUUGCUCGACCUGUCCAUUGAUGAAUCGGAGGAGUUCCUGUCCAGGUUGGUGGUGAGCAAGACUGUGUUUGCCAAAGUGGACCGGCUGGCUGGUGUCAUCAACUUCCAGAGGCCCAAAGACCCCAACGACCUGCUUAAUGACUGGUCCCACAAGCUCAACGCCCUCAUGGCCCUAGUCAAUAAGACAACGCAUCUUAUUGCCAAGGAGGAGAUGAUCCACAACCUACAAUAGAUUGGUCUGGGGGAGUAGGGAAUAACAGCAGGAGUAAGCAGGGGCGGGGUUGAAACAGUGUGGGUGGGUGACUUGGAGAAUUCCUCCAGAUUUGACAGCUCAAUGAGGAUUAGCAUUGUGCCAGCUCAGAGUUUCCGGAGUGACCACAGUAGGUACUUUAGAUGGUUUAGGGAGUUUUCAGUGGAACCUAAUUAAAUCCAUCGAGCAUGCCUGACGUCAGCACUCCAGGAAACCCUGGCUGACUCAUUCUGCCUAUUAAAACUCCCCACCCCCUCAUGCUGUUUGCCAAUCGUAAGCAGAAUAAACGACACAGCAUGUCUGCUUUUGGUGGGCAGACAAUAGAAAUUUAUGACAGCAGCAUUGAUAGAAAACGUGGAGUUAGUAUUUGUACCUGAAACCUCACACAGUUGAUUGCAAAAUGUACAGAACUCUUCAGAAUACACAUAAAUUACACGUGAACAUAUUUGUUCAGCGUGCAUUUUUAAAUGUAGGUUCUUAGUUAUGUGUUUUAGACAAAUCUGAAUGGGACGAGCCUCAGUAGAAAAUUAUAGUUUUUGGGUGAAAAAUCAACAUCGACCCAGAGCUUUAGAUGGUAUUUUGUACACCACAGGAAUAUUGCUUAGGUGGGUGCAUAAAUAUAAACUGUAUAGCAGUACCUUGUUAGACCGCAUCCUGCAAAUGUAUUCAUGAAUAUAAAUCUACUGGGGGUUCUGGUUUAAGUGAGCAAAGAUGUCUCCAAUUUACAUUUUGUGAAAACACUGGUACAUUCUUUCUCCCUGGUGGGAUUGUACGGUCUCUUGAGCUGGGUAGGUGAAAUUGAGUGACAUCUCGCAGUUAAGAUACACCGUGUGGUAGAUUGUGGUCUAAACACUUGUAUGGAACACAAUGGGUUGUUUUGAAGAAAGCAUACGAUGGGACUUCAGAAAACACUUCACCCAUGACCAUCAUGAAGUUGCCAUUGUUUGGCCGAAUCUUGGUUAUUCGGUGCUAAAUUGUAACCUGAAGCAGUGAGGUUGUGUUUGUAGCCUGCAGUACUGCCCCUGCUGAUCCGUGCUCGUGUGUUGUGCAAAGUCGAAAAUCAACUGUAUAAACGUUAAGCAAGACGUUUUGAUGUCUGUUAUUUUUACGUUUGUUUUUUGUUGGGAAAAUUUUUUGGCAAGACAAUAAAAACACACGAAUGUGUCUUUGUACGAGA